CAUACCAAAUUAGAUUCCACUCAUGCUCACAAACCAUUGGCUUCUUCAUUUGGUGUUAGGCAACCCAACUUCGAAAAGCCUGAAACGACAAUGGUGACGAAGGAACGUAAAGUGCAACAGCAAUCAAACUCAGAUAGUCCUCUAAUUUCUCCAAGAGAAAGUGACGAUAGUAAGGAAUUCCUUUUGUUUCAUCAAGCACUCAACCCGGAAUUCCUUGCCAGUCAACAUCUGAUGAAAGCGGGGGUAUCAUGUUAUCCACAGCUCUACAAAAGUGUCGCGAGGGGCAAGACAAUGGGGAGAAGGUUGAAAGAUCAAAAGCAAAGGAAAAAGCAAGAGCUUAGAACUCACAACGCCCAGGUGCAUGCAGCAGUGUCGGUGGCAGGGGUCGCUGCAGCGGUAGCAGCUAUUGCAACCUCGUUAGUAACCUCUCCCGAGCUAUCUGGAACCACCCAACAGAAGCCAUAUUCAAACGUAUCAACUGCCAUUGCAUCUGCAGCAGCUCUGGUUGCAUCUCAUUGCAUUGAAAUUGCUGAGGAUAUGGGAGCCGAUCAGGAACAAAUCCUAUCAGUUGUUAAUUCAGCAAUUAACGCGAGGACUAAUGGUGACAUUAUGACACUCACUGCUGGAGCUGCUACAGCAUUGAGAGGUGCUGCCACACUAAGGGCAAGGCUGCAAAAGGGGUCCGGAGCUGAAGCUGUUGCUUUGGCUGAUGAGCAAAAUGACAUUAGUAAAGAACCAAAUGUCACAGCAACACUGAAUUUUGUCUCUAGAGGGGGAGAACUACUAAAAUGUACAAGAAAAGGUGAUCUCCACUGGAAGCAAGUCUCUUUCAACAUAAAUUCAAACUGGCAGGUGGUAGCUAAAAUGAAAAGCAAGCACAUGGCAGGAACAUUUACAAAGAAGAAGAAAUGUGUAGUCUCUGGAGUCUAUAGUGACAUACCAGCAUGGCCGGGACGAGAGGAAGAAGAAGACGAACAUAGAGCCUACUUCGGGAUACAAACUGCUGACAGGAUAAUCGAGUUUGAAUGCAGAAACAAAGGAGAAAAACAGAUGUGGGUAGAUGGGAUCCAACAUAUGUUGUCUUGCCAAAUGAAGAUGAGUUGAGUUUAAGGUGCAUCUCUCAUUGAGAAAGAUUCAACUGUAACUUUUCUGAAAUAGUGCCACCAAAAUUAAAUAUUAAAAGAGAAGAAAUAAGAAACGAUGAAGUACAUAUUGAAAACUGGCAUGGCCACGCGUUCCUUUGGUGAUCUUUGAAAAA